UGUGCCAGGUACACUAUGCUUCCAUGGGCCGCCUUGUUUCUGUUUCACUUCGCGCGCGUAGUGUGCCACUUGGGAUUGGUCCGUCGAGGAUGUCGACAGUUGCAUGUCUUCAGUGUCCCGUCUCCGCUUCUUGCAAUUCACAGCCUAUCGGUUACUGCGAGGCCCCAACCAGAGCCGCAGCUCAUGCAAAUGCUAUAUAAGCUGACAGUCGUGUCCUGCUGAGGCAACACUCUCUUCCUUUAAUUACUCUCCCCCUUUCUUCUCCACAUUCUCAUGUCUUCUCCCACCGUUAAUUUAUUUCCCGCCCCAAUGGGAGGGGUCCCACUUCACAUUGACAUUGCUCCUGCUUUAUUCUUUGAUAUUUUAUACGGCUUCAUCCUUGCUCUCGUGGCCUACCGCUUCAUCUCCAAGAGCUCGCGCACUCUCGUCAUCCUCGGCACCAUCAUCUUCACGUGCGAACGAAUUGUAGACUUCUCCGUUCGCACGUCCGAGGCAUACAACUCGGACCUCCGCACGCCCAAGACCUACGUCAACUUCCUCCAAGGCGGCUACGCCAUCGGCAUCGUCGGGAUGACCCAAGAUGUUGGAACGCUCAUCAUGGUCUUCCUCGUGAACAGCACCCGCGGCAACGACGCCCUGCCUCUCGCCGCCAAGGGCCUGCCCCCGGCCGAUGCGCAGACGGCCUCCGACGCAGAGCGCGCGGAGCUGCUCCAGCCCAAGCUGUACGGACACGGGUCCUCCCUGAGCAUGAGUCAGUGUGCGCUCGAGGUGUCCCAGACGGAAGUCCUGCCGGACGAGCCGCGGCGCAGACACUGGAUCAGGAUGUUCUGCCUCGCUCAGCUGGUGCUGCGUCUUACGGCCAUGGCCAUGGGAGCGGUCUCGAGCGGUUAUUAUUACGCGGGCGAAAUGAGCCAUUACGACGCUAUGCUGGUCCAGCACUCUCGAUACCUCUCGGCGGGCAUCGCGUUGUUCCUACUUCAAGGCAGCAACCUCCUGGUGCUUUGGGGCCUUGUGACGCGCCCCACUCGGGUAGCACUCAUCCCCGCGCUUUAUCUCAGCGCUCUCUGCUGCAUCCUCUCGAUCACCCCAAUCUACCGCCUCGUCGUGAUGGCAAACUACACCGACUCCCUCCUCGCCAUGGGCCCGGGCUCGCACAACGGCACGGCGGCGAAGGUGCUCUUCUACUGCCUGCAGAUCACCCCGGAGACGAUUGCGCUCCUGAUGCUGCUCGUCGUCAACGUGAAGAAGAUGUUCGGGAUCCAUGGCGGGCUGGCGGACAUGGCGUUCACGGAUCCGAAGUCGAGAUAAUCCGGAUCGCCGACUCGGACGCGUUCAUCGAGUAUGGACGCUAGUAGAUUUGAAGAUCACGUUUUGGACUGGCACGAUGCCUGAUUUGACGAACUGU